AUGGCCGAGCGCCAGAAACGAGGGGCCUCCAAGAAGUUCAAGUUUUUCAAGUUCAAAGGGUUCGGGAGCCUGAGCAGCAUCCCCCGUUCCUUCACCUUCCGGCGCACGUCUGUGGUCCCCAGCUGUCCCGAGACACUGGGGCCACAUCUCCCUCCUCCCCGUGGAUUCCUGGAGGAACCCUUCGACAGCAUCCAGGAUGACCUCAGCACCAUGCCCAAGAGCCCCGGCCCCUACGCCCGGUCGUCGGACAUGUACAGCCACAUGGGCACCAUGCCCAGGCUGAACCUCGACAAGGCAGGGAAGAGCCUGAGCAAGGGCAAGAGUAGCCAGAACUGCCGGGAGAAAGGGAUUCCCAGCAACAAAACCCCCACAGCCCAGCUCCCCAGCCUCAAGUCCGCCAAGAUGUCCAGCCCCCCAUGCCCAGGCACAGACUCACCUCCAGCUGCUGGACAAGCAGAUCAGGAGGAGGAAAAGGCUCAGCCCGUGGACACCCCGGGGGCAGCAAUAGCCAGGAUGGGGAAUGUCUCCUGCCCUGGGACAGAGACACUGAACCCCAGCCAAACUCCUCUGUCCAAACCUCGGACAGAGGCACCGAACCCCAACCCAAGCCCUGGCAUGACAACAGGAGCGGAGACUGCUGACAGGGAUCUGCUGGAAAACAGACAAAACCGUCCUCAUGAGAGCUCCCCAGACAGUGCCAGCGGGAUGCACCUGGCCGGCGGGACGGCACGGCCGGAGCACUCGUACCACGGCCAGGUCAGCGGCUCCAUGGGAGUGAGGUUUCCUGUGGGAUUUCUGCUCCCUCCUGUUUCCGGACGGGGUGGAAACAUCUCGCGGCCCCGCUCGGCCCCGGCAUCCCUUUGUCCUGCGGCGGCUGCGUUCCAGCGCCGGGAUGUGCUGCGGAGAGAUCAGACCAAGCAGUGUCCCAGCCUUCACCACCUCUGA